AAACACUUACUUUCCGGGGAGGGGAGAGAGUUUGGAAGUGACGUGCUGUGGGGGUCCUGAGAGGGGUGGGGAGAGUGAAUUCUCCUCUAUCGUCUGUCUCCUCCUCUCGCUGUCCCUUUUGUCAUCUCUGGUCAUCAGUGUUAUCUCCGUCAUCAUCGAGAGCUUCCCUCUCCUCUUACAAUCUUCCUCGUGGUAAUGAGGACAGGCUGAGUGUGUGUUUGUUUGGGCAUAACACACACACACUUGCUUACUUUUAUAUGUAUGUGUGUCUACAGGGGACUCUGCAGCACUGCGAGUAAAAGGAUUUAAUCAGAAGACAGAUCUCCCGUCACAUUGAGUACGAUGGCCAACGUGGUUGGCACAACAGCUUUGUGUGGUGAUCUCAAGACCUUUCUGAACCAAAACAUUCCUAAAGGCAACAUUUCCCUGGUAACGCCGUACAGCUACAGCCCAGCCUCCAAGAUCACACUAGGAACCGUUAAUUCAAAUGUUGGAGCCCAAAUGAUUUUAAGCACACCACAGAGAGUGUCACACCCUGGAGGCAUCCUCAUCGGCAGCCCGUUUACGCAACACACAACACCGGUUGCCAUGGUUACUCAAGCACACCCUCCCGUGGGCAACGAGUGGACCCCAGGAAACAAAAAAAGAACACAUGACUACAUGGAUUCAUAUUACUCAGACAGGGAUGGCCUGUGUUCGAGUGACUCCUCAUCCAGUAAGAGAAUAAAGAGGGCAGAUAAGAGUGGUAAAGGCCUGAGGCACUUCUCCAUGAAGGUGUGUGAGAAGGUACAAAAGAAAGGGACCACAUCCUACAACGAGGUGGCCGAUGAACUUGUGACCGAUUUCACCCACGCAAGCAGCCUAAUGCCUUCCGACUCGCAGGUGUACGACCAGAAGAACAUCCGCCGGCGUGUUUAUGACGCGCUAAAUGUGUUGAUGGCCAUGAACAUCAUCUCCAAAGAGAAGAAGGAGAUUCGCUGGAUCGGCCUCCCCACAAACUCAGCUCAAGAGUGCCGAAACCUAGAGCUGGAAAAACUGAAGCGUUUAGAAAGAAUCCGACAGAAAAGAGCCCAGCUAGAAGAGCUGAUAUUACAGCAGAUCGCGUUUAAGAAUCUGGUACAGAGGAACCAGGCCAAUGAAGCAUCGUCCCAUUCAACGCCCCCCCCAGGUUCCGUUAUCCAACUUCCCUUCAUCAUUCUCAAUACAGACAUCCGCACCGUCAUCGACUGCUCCAUCUCUAGUGAUAAGUGCGAAUACCUCUUUAACUUUGACAACACAUUUGAGAUCCACGAUGACGUUGAGAUCCUGAAGCGAAUGGGCAUGUCUUUGGGGCUUGAGAACGGCACAUGCUCCUUGGAGAACCUCAUCAUGGCCAAAUCUCUUGUUCCCAAGUCCCUGGAAACUUAUGUCACCAGCUUGGCCAGAAACACCAACAGAACACCUCUCAGUCUCAGAAGUCACAGCAGCACUGCCCCGUCACACACCUCCGAGUCCCGUGAUCAAACGCCCAGCUCCUUUAACGAGGAAGAGGAUGAUGAAGAUGAUGAAGAUGAUGACAAUCUUUCAUCCCCAGAGUGAAGUUCAGCUCUGCAGGACAUCGACCCUCUCUCUCUCUACGCUGGGACUGGAUUCCCGAGCAGUGCUGGGGAGGAAUGAUACACAGGAAAUAAGCUGCCCCUUUUCGUUAUAUUUUGAUAUUUUUAACUUCCUUCACGAUCUCUCUCACUCUUCCUCUUUCCCAGUUUGCCACUAUUUUUGUGGAGUUUUUGCAUCUGGGAGAGACAUUUUGCUUUAUUUCUAUGGUGCUUUUCCAUGCUAUCAGGCUAGCGAGCCGCAGGUCAGGCCAUAGAGGAGAGCAAUUAAGUGAAGGUUUGCAGAUGUUUCAUGACAGAUCCUUAGUUAAACUUAGAGAAUGUCAUCUCAGCGUGCUUACUUUCUCUGCUUCCUUUCCAGAGGAUUUUCAAAUUCUUUCCGAAAAUCUAUUUAUUUUGGUCAUAUUUGAAUAUGACGAUAUCAGCAUAGUCCAGUGUGCUAGGGCAGCUUUAUUUUCCUCUCUAUGGGGAUCGGAAAGCUUUCACCUGCUCUUACCUGUUCCUAGGAAUUUACAUCCUUACAUUAAAAAAAUUGAAAAUGUUAUUUUUUUUUAGAGAUUGAUUCAAAGUCAUUUUGUUGUAUUGCAUAGUUUAUUUCUUGAAAUGUACUGCAGUAGUUGAAGGGAAAUGUAAUAUUGAUAGUCGACAUCUGCUGUUCACUGUUGAGAUGGAUUAGAGCAUGUUGCGUCUGGCUGUUUAAAUGUGUGUGUUGGGAGAUGUAGUGUGCAUGUGUGCGUGGCGUGUGUGUGUGUGUGUGUGUGCGCGCGUGUGUGAUUAAUAAAUAAAUCUUGUUAUGGCUCAGAGUGGCUGAAACAAAAACCACCCUGAUCCACUCAGGUCAGCAUUUUAAACAGACUCAACCCUACAGGAUAACUAAUAUGACUUUUGGUUUGCAAAUGUAACUGUAUGUACUGUACAUGUAUAUAAACAUAUAAUUUUGGUUA